CUCUAGAAUCCAGAUAGAUAUAGAAGCAUUUAGAACUCGCCACCACAAAUCUUCCUCCUAUAAAUAACUCACUUCAUCUCCAUACCCUCACACAUCCAAAACACCAUAUAUAUUAUAACAAGUUUCAGCCAUGUCGAUCAUUCCAAGCUUCUUUACCGGUAGCAGAAGCAACAUAUUCGACCCAUUCUCCAGCGAAAUCUGGGACCCCUUCCAGGGCUUCUCCAGUGUCUUAAGCAACCUCCCUGAAUCAUCUCGUGAAACAACAGCCAUAGCCAAUACCAGAAUCGACUGGAAGGAGACACCAGAGGCUCACGUGUUCAAGGCAGACUUGCCUGGGCUGAAGAAGGAGGAGGUGAAGGUGGAGGUUGAAGAAGGGAGAGUGUUGCAGAUAAGCGGAGAGAGGAGCAGAGAAAAUGAAGAGAAGAAUGAUAAGUGGCAUAGGGUGGAGAGGAGCUCUGGGAAGUUUUUGAGGCGGUUUAGGUUGCCGGAGAAUGCGAAAAUGGAUCAGGUGAAGGCGGCGAUGGAGAACGGUGUGCUGACGGUCACCGUGCCAAAAGAAGAGGAGAAGAAGCCGGAAGUGAAGGCUAUUGAUAUCUCCGGCUAAGGUUGUUGCGGUGGUCUUUGUAUAAUGUGAUGAAAGUAUCCACUUAUUUUAUGUUGUGUUUAUGUUUUUUGUAUGGUUAUUUGUUUGCUAUAUGGUUUGAGUGAAUAAAAGCUUCUGUUACAUAUAGAUGUU